CUGGAGGAGUGCUCUAGUUAAACUGGUCACUCGCUCGCUCGGUGAUCAUCAUUGGUCCGAUCAGUUCUGGUAGUUGCAUGGCUCAGUGUCCUCCUUCCUUAGAAGCCAGUCCAGUGGGUUGGAUCUUAGGGCGAGGUGUGCAGACAGGACACGCUGCCACCUUGAGGGCCAAGUUUGAGUGCUGUAGAGGCGCCUGCCCAGAAGUGUGUAAGCUGUUGACUAAAGCCAUGGGACGCUGUUCUAGGGCCUGAGACUGAACCUCAGGUCACUGGACAGUCCCCAGUAGGCCUAAAGGAACCUGGAGGAAGUGCAUUUCCAGCCAGAGUGGAGAGUCUUGCUCAGGAAGCUCCCCAAAGUUCUCCUGUUUCUGAGCCUCUGCCCUUGGUUCUUGGGGAGCAGACUUAAUUAUUCUGAACGUGCCCAUUAGAAGAGUCCAGAGCUUCUGAUAUUCUGUUUGCAUGGAAUUCUGGGAGGCAGGCUUUCAUCAUCCACAUCCUGCGAAAAUGACCACUCUGUCUCCUGCAGGCUUUGACUCUGAUAACUCUUCUGGGGAAUUUCCAGAAGCCAGUCAGAGAGUCCCAGGAGGGCUGCCUGUGGACACCAGCAGAAGUAAUGGCGUUAGGAAAGCUGGGGAGAGGCCCCCUCAGGAGAAUGGGGUUCAGAGGCACAGAACCUGCUUACCGGCCCCAAUGUUCACCAGGAGCGACUUCAGCGUGUGGGGCAUCCUGAAGAAGUGCAUAGGCCUGGAGCUGUCCAAGAUCACAAUGCCCAUCGCCUUCAAUGAGCCCCUCAGCUUCCUGCAGCGGAUCACGGAGUACAUGGAGCACAUCUACCUCGUGCACAGGGCUUCCUGCCAGCCCCAGGCUCUGGAGAGGAUGCAGUGUGUGGCUGCCUUCGCGGUGUCUGCAGUGGCUUCCCAGUGGGAGAGGACUGGCAAGCCGUUCAACCCGCUCCUAGGAGAGACGUAUGAGCUGAUCAGGGAAGACCUAGGGUUCAGGUUCAUAUCUGAGCAGGUCAGCCACCACCCCCCCGUUAGUGCAUUUUACUCUGAAGGCCUCUGUCAGGACUUCCUGUUCCAUGGCUCCAUCUACCCAAAGCUCAAGUUCUGGGGGAAGAGCGUGGAGGCGGAGCCCCGGGGCACCAUCACGCUGGAGCUUCUCAGACACAAUGAGGCCUAUACCUGGACCAACCCUACCUGCUGUGUGCAUAACGUGAUUAUCGGGAAGCUCUGGAUCGAGCAGUACGGGACAGUGGAGAUCCUAAACCACAGGACUGGAGAUAAGUGUGUGCUUCACUUUAGACCAUGUGGGUUGUUUGGAAAAGAGCUUCACAAAGUGGAAGGACACAUUCAAGACAAAAACAAAAAGAAGCUGUUCAUCAUCUACGGCAAGUGGACGGAAUGUUUGUGGGGCAUAGACCCUGCAGCAUAUGACUCCUUCAGGAAGCAGGAGCGGAGGAGUGAGCCCCUGAGGAAGGCACAGCCAGCCGUCGUCUCGGAGAAAGCUGAUGCUGAUGUGGACGCUGUGCCUGAAGCCCAGGACACUGUGCAGGUCAUUCCUGGCAGCAGGCUCCUCUGGAGGAUCAAUACCCGACCGCCCAAUUCUGCCCAGAUGUAUAACUUCACCAGUUUUACCGUUAGUCUCAAUGAGCUGCAGACGGGCAUGGAGAAGAUCCUGGCCCCCACGGACUGCCGCCUACGCCCCGACAUCCGAAGCAUGGAGAACGGCAACAUGGAUCUGGCAAGCCAGGAGAAGGAGCGGCUGGAGGAGAAGCAGAGGGAAGCCCGGAGAGAGCGUGCCCAGGAGGACACUGAGUGGCAGACGAGGUGGUUUCACCAGGGCAGGAACCCGCACACUGGGACCCCCGACUGGCUAUACUCGGGGGGCUACUUCGAGCGGGAUUUCUCAGGCUGCCCAGACAUCUACUGAGGUCCCGGGUGGUCCCGGGACCGGGACACCUACCAGGCCGGAUUCCAUCUCCUGGCUCCUCUGAGCUCCGGUCACGGCAGCGCUAGCCUUUCUGAGGACCGAGUUCAUGGAGAAAUUGCCAUCCCCAGCUGAGGACUUAAUCCUAAUGAACUUUCGAUUGCCAAACAUUCACUACUGUAGCCGUCUCUCCAUAAAGCUUCCCUUGGGAUCAUCAGUUUUCACUAA